AUGCAAAGUAGUUUCAUCUUGCAAAGACUUGCUUCUGAAGAAACCUUAAACACAUCCUCGACACCAUACAAGGCAUAUUGUCACAUGACAGAUAUUCCAGGUUGUGGAGCUGGAGGCUGGACACUAGUGUUCAAAGUGGACGGAAAUAAGCAAACAUUCACCUAUGGAUCACCUUACUGGACGAACAAGGAAAGUUAUGCAGUUGAAGAUGGACUUGAAGGACUAACAGAGAAAGAAAGUAAACUGGCCUCUUAUUGGAACACUCCUUUUAAGAAAAUAUGUCUUGGCAUGACCGUUAAUGGCGCCAGAAGAUGGAUGACGCUGAAUUAUGAAGCCAGUUCGCUGUACAGUUUGAUCGCAGACGGGCAGUAUCGAAACACAAGCGCUGGACGGGCUGCGUGGAAAUCUCUGAUCGCAGGCUCAUCUUUACAACCAAAUUGCAACAAAGAAGGAUUCAGCAUUGAGGAUAAACAAAAUAAAGAUAAUAAAAACUAUGCACGUAUUGGAUAUCACGCAAAUAAUCAAGAUGAUUGCGCAACGCCUGAUUCAUGCAUAGGAUUUGGUAUCUCCUACAACUCUUGCGACAUGACGUCUGACAUAACAUGCGGUAAUAUUGCACAAUGUAGUGGUAUCGAUAAUGGCAAGAAACUCACUCCAGCAUUCGGAUAUAUUUUAGUUCACUAG